AUGGGAAAGGGGUUUGCGUUGCGGUGGUGCACAAGGCACGAGAUCCUGAUAGGCUCCAGGGAUGCCGGAAGGGCCGCUGUGGCAGCCAGCGAAUACCUGGAGCUUGCAAGGGGGAUCCACGGCGACAUAGGCGGCACCAUCUCAGGGGACGGCAACGCAGAGGUCGCAAGGCAGAGCGACGUUCUGAUACUGUCCAUACCGUAUGAGAACAUCGACUCGGUGUGCCCCCAGGUGCUGUCUGCGGCAGGAGACGGGUGCGUCGUGGUAUCGCCCAUAGUACCCAUGGUCAAGACCGACACCGGCUUUGAGUUCAUUCCGAUGAUGGACGGCAGGGAGUCGUCCCACGUGAUGGUCUCAAGGCACGCAAAAGAUGCGUCCCGCGUGGUAUCUGCGUUUCAUGUAAUAUCCGAGAAGAAGCUGGCAAACCCAAAGCUGCAGCUGAACUAUGACAUAUUUGUGUGCGGGGAUGACAGGGAGGCCACCGCCACAGUCGAAGGCCUGAUAAGCGAGAUCGACGGGCUACGCCCCAUACGUCUGGGACCUGGAAAGCUUGCGUAUAUGGCAGAGAUCGCAACGCCGCUGCUCCUCAACGCCAUGAUAAGAAACAAGAUCAGGAAUCCCGGCAUCAAGGUUGUCUAG